CUGUGAUCUCGCGAUAGUUGUGGAACGGCGAGAAGAAAACGACUACGCUAUUUAGCUUUGUGUUUUGCCGUUAUCGAAUUUCACUCAAUGGAGGAAAAGGCACUGGAAUCCCAUUGUGUCAGCCCAACCUGAAAUCGGGGCUACAUCGGGCAUUCAUCUGUGUUGUCACCCUCCUGAGAAUGGACUCAAAAAUGUAGCCCCUACAAAUAAAAGGGGCUCAUUUGAGAUUCUUCAUCUUACCUGAAUGGAACUGUGAACCCGUCACCCUAACCAGGGUUUGCCAAGCCAUCCUUCAGCAGUCCAUCUGCGAUUGACCAUCCAGAUUAUUUUGCCAUGCUGUUCUCUCUGCGUGAACUUGUCCAGUGGCUGGGCUUUGCCACCUUUGAACUCUUCCUCCACCUGCUAGCUUUUCUGGUCUUCAGCAUGCUGGUUGCCUUGCGAGCCGACAUGUUCACACCGACCCUCAGCUGGUGGCUGGUCUUCGUCCCCCUCUUUGCCGCCGACGGUCUCAGCACCUACUUCACUGCCAUCGUGUCCACCCGGCUCUACCAGGAGAACGAGAAGCGUCUCGCUGUCCUGCGGCUCCUCUGGGUGCUGACGGUGCUCAGCCUGAAGCUAGUGUGUGAGGUUCUGCUGUGCCAGAAGUUGGCGGAGCAGGAGCAAGCCAGAGACCUUUGGUUCGGCCUUAUUGUCUCGCCACUGUUUAUUCUUCUGCAGCUGCUAAUGAUACGAGCGUGCCGGGUCAACUGAAGAGGUGAUUAUAUGUUCUUGACAUUUAACAGGCGCUUUUUCCUCAUCUGCCAUUGGAGAUUUAGACUCAAGUGAUGGUAUUAAUGUUUCUUUUUGGCUCAUUGUCACCUCUGCGGGUCGAAACGUGGGCAUGCAUACAUUUUACCCCUGUGUUCUUUGGCUUUUACAUCAUUUUAUAUGAAGAAACAUUUUGUCUGUGUUUUAGACAUAUUCCAAAUAGUUCAAAAACGCUUUGAAUGGUGACAAGAGCCAUAGAUUGUCAGAGCAAUAACGUGUAUGUGUGCGCGAGAAUGUGGGACACAUCAGUGCCUCUUUGUGCAGUCAGUGAUGGACAAUGAGCCUGGAGGAAUAUUAUUACCACAGUUAGGUUUUAAAAUGCACACGUGCACAAAACACAUUGUGUUAUCGGAAUUACAGAAAUUUAACAGGAAUUUGAAGCAAGCCUGUGUCCUCCAAAGGCAUUCUAGGUUGUGUCAUUUUUGGCUACCGCCCAGAAAUGAAUUGCGCACAUAAAUAUAUCUGAAACUAAGCUGGAAAUUUAGAAGUGCACAUCGUGUGUUUGUCUUCUGCUGUGCACCUGCAAAAUUUUAAGCCUCAUUCCCUAUGUGAAAUAUUAUGUAUUGUGUGUAUAUGUUGUGUUUGGGAAAGAAGUCCACAUUGAUUUAUAUUGUUUUUUUUUUAUCACGGCAUCGUUACUGUAUGUAUAUACUGUGUAAAUAAACCAGUAUUUAUGUCA